AAGACCACACACAUUUUGUGAGCUGCAAAACAGAGCUGUUGUUUAGCGAUAGAGGAGGAGGAAGAGGCUCAUCCACACCCCACCCAAGAUGUUUAAGCUGAACCUCGCGGAGGAAGCAACGAAGGUGGGAAACACAGCCCAGGAAACAGCUAAUUCAGCAAGUCAGGCUAUGCAGCAAACAAUAGACCAGGCAACGGCAGCUGGUCAGAAAGCUCUGGAUGAUGCCUGUAAAUCUGCUCAAGAUGCUGGUGAAAAGGCUGUACAAAAUGUAACAAGCCAGGUAAAUGCCUGGGGGAAGAGCUUUGGACUGAGCGAAGAGAAGAAGGAUGUUCCAACCUAACCCACUCUUGUGAUCUUUUUCUUCCACUGUGCAACUAUAUAUAUAAACGUGCAGGCUCUUUAAUGCAAUGGAAAUCCUUCUCUGUUCAACUAUGAUACGCAUUUUACACAUUC